AUGGGCCGCCUGCUGGUGGAGCUCAAGUACGUGGAGCAGCGGACCGUCGACAAGUACCGGCGACAGGCGGAAAAAUCGGGCAAGCAGUCCUUUGCGCUGGCGUGGGUCAUGGACCAGGGCACCGAGGAGCGCGACCGCGGUGUGACGAUUGACAUUGCGACGAACCACUUCGAGACGGCAAGGACCAAGUUUACGAUACUGGACGCGCCGGGCCACCGCGACUUUGUGCCCAACAUGAUUGCCGGUGCCAGCCAGGCCGACUUUGCCAUCCUGGUCAUCGACGCCAACACGGGGGCCUACGAGAAGGGACUCAAGGGGCAGACCAAGGAGCACGUGCUGCUGCUGCGGAGCCUCGGCGUGCAGCGACUCAUCGUCGCCGUAAAUAAGCUCGACAUGGUCGGCUGGUCGCGGGAGCGCUUUGACGAGAUCGCGGAGCAGGUGGGCGGCUUCCUGACGGGGCUGGGUUUCCAAGAAAAGUCAGUCACCUUUGUGCCGAUAUCCGGGCUCAGCGGCGACAACGUCGGGCGCCGGAUCGAGGACGCGGCGGCGUCGUGGUACGGCGGCACGACCCUGAUCGAGGCCCUGGAAGAGGCGGUGCCGACAUCGACGCGGGCGCUGCGGAAGCCGUUCCGGAUGGGCAUCUCGGAGGUGUUCCGGUCGGCGCAGGGCACCGCGACGCUGGCGGGCCGGGUGGACUCGGGGACGGUGCAGGUGGGCGACUCGGUGCUGGUGCAGCCGAGCGGCGAGGGGGGCUACGUCAAGUCCAUCAUGGCGGACACGGAGGGCCGGGAGUGGGCGGUGGCGGGGCAGAGCGUGACGGUGGCGCUGACGAGCAUCGACCCGGUACACAUCCGCGUGGGCGACAUCCUGUGCGAGGCCCGGAACCCGAUCCCCUGCGCCGACACGUUCACGAUGAAGGCCAUGGCCUUUGAGCACGUCAUGGUGAUGCCCGUCGACCUGCACCGCGGCCGACUGCACGCGCCGGGACAGGUGCAGACGAUCCUAGCGACGCUCGACAAGGCGACGGGCGCCGUGGUCAAGAAGAAGCCCAAGGUCGUGCAACCGGGGGCAGUGGCGCGCCUAGUCAUUACGCUGGCGGCCAAGGUGCCCCUAGAGGCUGGGCAGCGCGUGGUGAUUCGCAGCGGCGGCGAGACGAUAGCCGCGGGGCUGCUGGAGUAG